AUGAUGCAUCUUAAGGCCAUGCAGAUCACCAUUCCAUCAUUAGCCCUACUACUCACUGGAGUAACCGCUCUUCCGCAACAUCGGGACUUUCAAAUCCUUCAAAUUCGAAAUGAAUCACUCGCAAAUGUAUCUACGAACUCCAAUGGUGAUCCUCUAGGUUGGAACAUCAAAGCUCUCUCCGCUCUUCCCAAAAUUGACUCCGCACGUGCUCAACUUUCCAUUUUAAAAUCUGCCUAUCCAUCCCACGGAAUCUUUAUAGUUCACGAUGAACCUCGUCUAGUCCCUACAUCAAACGUUCUCUUCAGCCGUAAAGUCAAUUCUCUCGAUCCCGGUAUCAUCUGGGAUAGCACAUAUCUCUGGAAUACAUAUGUUGUUUCAUCCGGAAGCUUCACAUUCAAAAAGCUCUAUAAUCAAGACUUUCUUCUCGGUGGCCGGUUUUAUCAAUACCAAGAUGAAAUUACGUUUCUUCCGGUUGCGAAGCAGAACACUGUUGUCAAUACUACAUCUUGGAUGGCAAAUAUUGAUGGUAGUUUGUUGGUAUCUGGGUUUACUAUUCCUGGAACCCAUGAUUCAGCAGCUCAGACCUCGAGAGUCUCUUGGCUACCUGAACUGGGAGGUACACAGUAUAGUUAUAUCCCAGAUCAACUCACCAAGGGAAUCCGAUUUUUCGAUUUAAGAGUUGGGUCAGCUUCCGAUCCCCUCAAACUCCGACACGGAAUGCUAGAACUCGAAGGUAGAGCGGGAGAUGUCUUCAAGGACUUCCAAGACUUCUUAGCCGCACAUCCUAGUGAAACGGUUCUCUGCUCUAUAAAAUGGGAUUACGACGGCUCAGGUCAACCAUCAGAUUUCGAAUCUAUUUUGGAGUCUCUUUUCAACGACGGAAACCACGGAAAUUGGUACACUUCUACAACUCUCCCAAAACUCGACGACGCCCGUGGGAAGAUCGUCUUGCUCAGAAGAUACAGUGGAAACUUGGGGUUUUAUAUGGAUGUCUCGAAUAACACCCCAGACCAUACAGAUUCUACUGGCCAAUUCCGUGUUCAAGAUCUUUACAGCCCCUCCACCCUUCCAAAUGGUACACCAAAUUAUAACAGAAAAUGGAACGUUGUCGAGAGCUUCCUUAAUAGCCACCAAUCCUUCAACUCUUCCCAGUUAAGUCUUAAUUUCCUGUCCGCGGUAAAUAUCGAAGGCAUUAAUGUGAUAUACAAGCCGGCGGUCUGGGCAAAUGAGAUUAAUGCAAGAAUGCAGACUUGGUUGGACACUAUUGAAAGCCAAACAGCCAACUUGGGAAUUGUGGCUAUGGAUUUUCCGGACGUACCUGGUGGUGAUUGGUCUUUUAGCAUUAAGCAAAUGAUGGCGGAGAGUGGACAGACAUUGCUCCAUGUCUCGGGACAAGUAAAGCUUAUUGAGAGGUUGAUUUUGACGAACUUCGCUUGA